CGAGCCUGUGUGGCAGCACAGAGAUUAGAACACCAUCCGAAACCCAUUUCAUCAUUAACUCCAAGAUUGGCACUUGUUGAUGCGACACUGUGAAGUUACUUUGCCACCUUCGUCACCAACGCGUUACGGACGUUACGAUCGUUAUGAUCCUGUAUCCUUUUGCAUGCGCGGUUUGGUGGAGGUCACUGGGAUUUUGCUUGCUGGUUUGCUCUGACGGUCUGACGGCUGCUUGGGUUGUAAGCAUGGCGUAUUUCUAGUUCUGUCGGGUUGGACUCGCCCGCGGAGAAUCGUGUUGCAUUGGUCUUCGUUUUUGCUUUCAGGACUCGCGUCCGGGAGUGCAGUGUCUCAGCGGGAGUGCCCCGUCGUGUUCCUGGACGACGACGAGCCGGAGCCACGUCCGAGGCCUCUGCCGAGGUCCCCGCGGGUGUACCCUGGCCGCGCCGACGUGCCCUCGCCAGCGUACUCGCCGAUCCUGGGCUCGAGCGGCGCCAGGCCCUGGCGGCGCGAGAACGAGGUGGUCCCGAGCCCCGCCUCCGCCUCCUCCGUGAGCAGCCCCAGCCCCGCGAAGAGCCGCUGCGCGGCCCGCGGGCCCCGCGUCGCCGAGGUGGAGCACGCGGAGCAGCCGCGGCCGGUCCGGGACUCCUCGCCCAUCGAGCGCCCUGACAGUGAGGAGCUGAAGCGCGCGUGCACUCUGCGGCCAAGCAUCUCGCCGCUCAGCAUGACUGCCAGCCUUGCGUGCAGUGACCUCUCUAUUUCCUCCGCCACCUUUGAGGAUUUAUUUGUGCUUCGGCAGAGCCUGGAGAGGCGGGCCAGCCUCGACAGCGUCAUGUCACAAACUACCUUGCUGAUGGACGAGGGUGCGAACGAGGACCAGGACCAGCCCGCCCAACCUCAUGAGCCCUCGGUGCCUUCGAUGCCUUUGGGGACGGCGACGGCGAGACCCGGCGAGGAAGGCGGUCGCGGUGUACGCGGGGAUUCGUCCCCGAAGCAGGCAGCAGUCUCUGAGCCGUCGACCGACGAUGUCGACGACGAUGCCGACGACGAGGCCGACGACGAGGCCGACGACGUGGGUCACAUGGACAGCAACCCCCUCGGCCCCCGUGAGAAACCACCGCCUCCCCCUCCGCCCGGCCAAGAUUCUCCUCUCCCUCCAUGCUGGGUGGUUUUAAAAAAGAUUAGGAUCAGGCAGUGAGGUGUGGAAGAACUUAUGGCGACAUGGCGACAAGAAACGUUAAACCCCUUUCUACAUUUUUUUAUUUUUAUUUGACUUGCACUGGUUGAUGCUUUGAUUCAUCUUUUUUUAAAAAUAAAUCGUUUUACUGAAGUUUGGGCGGAAUCCAUGUUUCCUGGUUUCCUCAUGCCCGCAUGUCGUCUCAUUAUUAUUAAAGAAGAAGAUUGGUCAUCCCCUUUGUUCCCCACACCAACACAAAACACAUGCCCCCUCCUGCAAUCCCAUUCUAUCCAACCUGUUGUGUUUUUGCUUUGAAACUAAUCAAUUUGUGCUUCUCUGCUUACAGCAGUGUUUUGUGAGAUAUCGUCAGAACAGCGCAUUCUGGAUCCAUCGUGAGGACUUGACGCCCUGUAUCCUUUUUCAUGCACUGCCAACGCAAUGAACUAUGAACUUGAUUCAAUUGUUUGCGUGUCUAUUGUCCUUAAUACUUAUUUGCCUUUCACAUCACUGUGGGUGCCUUGGCCCCAUUCGCAUGACUGUAGCUUUUUUGCUGGGUUGGACUCACCUAUGUAGGAUGGUGCGCAUUGAUCAUUGAUCUUGUUUUGUUCCAGAGAUCGUGUCCUGGAGAGCGGGUUCGCGGAGGACAGUGGCCCAGUUCAGCCUCAUGGAUGUCUUCCUGGCUUCCCCAGGGCUCCCCCAAGCCAAGUACCCGGUGACCGUCAUCGACGAGGACCAGGACCAGGACGAAGCCUCGCCGCCGUCAUCCCCGAUCCUGGUGUCCACCAAGGGCCGAGGGUUCAAGAGGGGACGCCGCGUCGUGAACACCGCCCGACAGGGCCCCGCCGGCCCCGCGAGGGAGGAUGCCCCCAGCUCCAGCUCCAGCGCCGUGGCCCCCGUCGAGGCUGUAGGCCAGGCGAGCCCAGCAUGGUCGCAGCUCGCCCGCGUGGGCAGCGCCCUGAGCGACGAGGCCCCCGACGAGCCGGGGUGCCUGAGCGAUAGGAACAGCAGCAUGAUCGCCAGCCUCCCCUGCUGCGGCGCAAACGACCUGCCUAUCGCCCCCAGCGCGCGGGCGGACUUGAUGGAGCUGCCGCAGGGCCUGGACAGACAGAGGUCCGACAGUGUCAUGUCUGACGAGACCGUGUUGGUGGACGGGCGGGAGCCCGCGAAGAGUGUGGCACCCGGGGCAGCAGCGGCAGCCAGGCCAAGGCCGUCCCCGCUCAAGGCGAUGGCCCGGACGACCCCCGGUGGACAUAGCGAGCGCCCGAGUCGCAGCCCGUCGGCGCGCUCAGAGGUAGUCGAUCUAGAGGACCAGGACCCGGACCAGGACCCGGACCAGGACCCGGCCCACGAGGCUGCCAACUGCACCAGUGUGCCUGGUGUGCCGCUCUCUGCAUCAGCAGUGGUACCGCCCCCUGCCGUGGCCUCUGCUUCACCUGCUGGAACACGUGCCGUUGAGGGCCGUGUCUGCGGGCCGUCCUCUCCAGGCACUCUCGACUGUACCCGCGGACCAUCUCGCCCCUCUGAAGCUCCUGUGUCAUCUCGAGUGACUUCCCUUCCCCCCUGCUGGGUACUGUUGGAGAGGAUUAAUCCAAUUGGAAAUUGAUGUGCUCUUUGUGUGCUAUGACUUGAUUACUUUCUACUGCAUUGCAAAAGUUUAAUUUUUGAAAAAUUGUUUUUAUUUGAUGUGUGUAUGGCACUAUAAAUUCUUUCAUGGAAAAAUUACAAGCUUGAAUAAAAGAAAAUGUUCUUCAACUGUCCCUACUGUAAGAGAUAGACUUUGGAACUAGGAGCCGAAUAUUCAACUUGUAUCAAAGCAAGUGAUGUAUGCUGGGCGAUUAAAUUUCAAAUAUACUUACACACGUAUGAAAUGUAACUCAUGCAUCAUAGCAAAUGUGAACUAUCAAUUUUAGUACAUAUAAGAUAAAAUGUUGUAGAUUUCAACAUUACAAUUAUAACAGAAAUAACUGCUAAUAAACUGUGUAACACUUCAA